GUCGGGUUUCAUUUCCCGGGUGGGAUCAGCUCGUCUCGGUCCUGUUUUGGUUCCGUGUUGAUGUCCCUUCCUCAGACUCUGAAAUCUGAACAAAACAAGUCCCGCUGCUGUUGGUGGAUGGAUAAACAACACGUAUUUUCUUACUCUCAGGACCGUCUGCCGGGUGCUCAGCCUUGACAAGUCUCCGUUACUGUUAAAAUUAUCAACAUGAAGAGCGAGAGGGAGAACAUAAUUUUUCAAGCGUUCCUCUUGAUCCACAUCCCUGUGGCCUGCCUCUUCACUGCAGUGUUGGGUCAGUCUGACAGCAGUAGCAGUGUGGUGGUGGCUGGCUACAACGUGAGCGCCCCGGCUGGGUCGAGGGUGGUGCUGCAGUGUGUGAGCGGCCGCAUGGUGUGGACCAGGGACAGGGUGAGGGACAGACAGAGGGUGGUCCACUGGGACCUGUUCCGGGCCCACCCGGACUACGCCAUGGAGAGGGUGGUGGACAUGUUCUCUGCAGGAGACCAGAGGAUCUACAACUCCUACAACCUGGGCAGGGUGGGCAUCACCCCAACAGCCUUCAGGGAUGGAAACUUCUCCCUGGUCAUCAAAGAUGUGACGAUGAAUGACAGAGGUCUGUACUCGUGUAACCUCCACCAUCUCUAUUGCCACCUGUAUGAGACGAUCAGAGUGCAGCUCAACAUCACUAAAUCGCGUCGCAAAGAGCAGCGCUUCUGGGAUGGACAAAAGGCGGUCUACGUGGUGCUUCUUGGGAGCACCGUGGUGCUGCCGUGCAUCAACAGACGAAACGUGUGGACAGACUGGAGCAACGAGGAGGAGGACCAGCAGGUGGUCCACUGGGACCGUCAGUCCCCAGGAGUCCGCCAUGACCGAGCUGACCGGCUGGUGGACCUGUACGCCUCAGGGGAGCAGCGUAGCUAUGGACCGCUGUUCCUCCGGAGGAAGAUGAACAUCAGCAAUCAGGCCUUUUCAGAAGGAGACUUCUCACUCACCAUAUCUGAUCUGCAGUCCACAGAUGAGGGGAUGUAUUCCUGCCACCUCCACCAUCACUACUGUGGUCUACAUGAGAGAAGAGAGUUCCAGGUCACAGUGGAGCCACCAGUGAUUCAGACCACCCAGGCAGCCAAAGCACUGCCCAGUGAGGACAAAGACACCACUAAGGCUGAAUCACCACGAGUCAUCAACGUUAUUCUGCCCGACCAGAGGCACCACUUUCUCCUGCCGCUUGGCUACGUCCUCACAUCCUUCCUGCUCCUGGCGUUCAUCAUCCUCAUCAUUAUCCUCAUCACACGCAGGCGUAGAGUCAAAGAGUUUUAUCCUCAGUCAUCCAUGAGGUCCAGCAGAAGUCAGAGCAGCUCGGACGAGUUUGAGAUGGACGUGACUGAAGUCAACAUGAGUAAUGAGGAGGAGAGAAGAUUUGACUACAAGAACAACCUGCUGAAAGAGAAGGUCCACAUGAACACUCAGCCUAAAGUCAUUGAUCUUGACAAAGAGAUGCAGAAAUUUUCAAAGUGAAAAAAAAAUGUCAGAAAAAGUGAAACUGGAGUCACUGGCUGGUCCAGAGGCUGCACUCCAAACGAAACACACUGCCUUCUGUCCUGGCAGGAGAGAUGCCACGGAGAGAAACUCAGUGUUGCCAAAAUGCUUUGUUGUGAAAUGCAGAAAAAACUGUUAAAAAAAAAAAACACCUAAAAAAACAUGUUUUCAACUCAUGUUUUCAAAAUGCCAGUGUUAGAGACAUACAUACAAAAAAGAUUUUGUUUUCUUUUAUUGUACUUCAUUGUCAAACUAAAGACUGGGUCUGGGACCACUGUCCAUGGCAUCAUAGCACCACCCAGAGGGGAGUUUAAGCCAAGCUUUGACUGUUAAAAGGAGGAGGAAUGUUUAUGCUAGUUGAAUAAAGUUGACUCAGUUAUGACUGAAUGAAUAUGAAUUAUCAGUUAUUUCAGCUUAAACUAAAAAAAAACACUUACUGAUGUUUUACUUUAAACUUUGUUCUUCUCUUUUUACUCACAUAUUCCAUCUUGGCUUAACUGACUGGACCGAAGCACCACUGAAGUGUUAAUAUCAGUGAGUUCUGCUUCCUCUGACUUUGACUAACUGUAUACUAACUGACCGAUGAAGCAGUGUAUGUAAAAAUGUUUUGUGAUGCUCAGACUGUUUUGUUUUUUUUUAAUUAAAAAAAUGUUUGAUGCUGAUUUUUUAGCCAAAAUUGCUUAUCGCACUUAGACGGGAUACCUAGCAUCUUUAUAUUCAAAUGGGUUUUUAAAUAUCACACAGUAAAUGUAUUUACUUUUGGACUGAAUGUGGACAGGAGAAAUGUUUGGUAAUGGCCCUUUUUCGCAGCAGACAUUUUGACUUUCACACUCAGAAAAGCACAGAUUUUACUAAUAAUAUUAGCAAUGGCUCUGUUUUAUUCAGCUGUCCCUCUAAACCACAACAGUGUGACAGUGAGCCAGCAUGUACAAUAGGUAGCUGAAACUGAUGCAGCUAAAUGGAAUGCAGCCAUUAUUAUUAAUAUUACAAUUAUGAUUUUUUUUUUUUUUCAAAAAUUACAGAGCAGGAUCAACUUUUUCAUGUUGUGGAUGUGACUGAUGUGUUUGCAUUGCAAUCGUUGCAAUCAUUAAUGCUAUUUGAUACAUCUGUGUUUUAUAAGUCAGGAUGUUUGUCAAUUUAAGUUUUACCCCUCAUUUCCUCUACUGUUAAUGUACAACCUCCCAGCUGUAGAACCACUGCAUUAACUAUGCACGAUAAAAUAUUAACAAUACAGUGUCCGUUCAGGGAAAAUUGAAUGUUUUUACUACUUGCAGGACUGUGUGAACUUCAGUACAAACUACAACAAAAACACUUCACAACGUGUUGUCGCUUCUGCUUUUUUCAUUUAACUAAUCUGCAGUUUAUUGUCAUCUGGCUCGUUUAUACUACCUAUGUGGUACCGUGCUGCUACUACAGUAAUAUUUUAACAUAAAAUAAAAUAUCUUAAGGAUAUAUUGUCAUUAACACAGGAUCAGAGCAUUGUCAUAGUGAAGAAAGCAGCUUUAUGCAGCUGAGAUCAUGUGUGGUGUGAUCAGGGCUGUAGCCAGGAUUUCAAAACUGCUGAGGUCAUGCUAAGUCCUAAUACUAACACACAACCCCACACCUUAUUAACUUAAUUAAAGCCACAAGAAGUUAGUAAAUUUUUCUGAUUUUGUGUUUUUUUCCACAUUCUUUAUUCAUUUAACCAUUCAGCUAUCUUGUUUGUUUGUUUGUUAAUUUUAACACUCACUCCACAUGGUCGAUAGUAUGACUCAAACUUAAGUUAACUGCAUUUUUUGUUAACAUUGAUUUUGCAGAUUGUUUAAAUCCCCAAAUAAAUAAAUUAAUUAAAAAAUAACGUGACCUCAGUGUCCACAGCUACAGCCGUGGUCGUGGUGAGAAGCUUUACUGAUGCCUGCCUUUUUUGAAUGUUCUGUGUUGAGCCUGCACCUACUGAAAGCAUUGAUAUUAAAGCUGUACAACUUCAA